UGCAUUGCAAAUUGCUUAAAGGAAGGAGAUCGAGUAAUGUUUGGGAUAGUUGCCAAUGGAGAGAAGCCUAUAUUGAAGUUUCACGAUCUGAGAGAAAAUGCAUUACUCCGGCCCGAAGGAAAGAAGACUAAUUCGGAUACUGAAAGAGUUUCCACUCAAGAAAAACCAAAGUCCAACGUCAUAUCAUCACGUGAGGCUGUUCCCAAUGUAGAAGCUGCUAAGGACAUGCAUCUUGGUCAUCCUCAUUUCAUUUGUUCCAUGAAACCCUAUUACCUUUCAAAGCGUUUUCUGCGUGUUCCUUGCCCAUUCGCACAACAACAUGGUCUCAGAGACAGGAAAUGUACAAUAAUGAUAAGAGACGAGCAAAGGUCAUGGACAUUUACGCUAUAUUCAUGUGGAAGAUUCACCUACAUUGGAGGUGGAUGGCGUGAGUUCUGCGUUGCUAAUUGCUUAAAAGAAGGAGAUCGAGUAAUGUUUGGGAUAGUAGCCAACGGAGAGAAGCCUAUAUUGAAGUUUCACGGUUAAUUUCUCAUCUAUGUCCUUGUCUUAAAUUUAAUCCAGUUCUCCAGUUUUUUGUCUAGUUUUUUUUUUUUUUUUUUU